UGUUAGCGUAACAUCUGUAUUAUUUUCUUCUGAAGUAUAAAUAGAGAGAAUCGAGGGAAUUCAAAUUUAUUCCACCUUCAAAAUGGCAUUUUUAUUUGGGCUUUUAUUCCUUUUCGUUGGAAGCAUCUUUGCUGAUCCAUUCACUUAUUUAGGCGAUCUUCCUUUGGAAAAUCCAGAUUUAUUUGGAGGUGAUAUUCUUCUUCAAGAUCCAGAGGAUAGAAAUGCCAUCGUCAACAAUUUUCAAAUUUGGCCUGGCGGAAUUGUACCCUAUGAAGAAGAUCCUGGUCUCAAAAAGACCGUCAUGAAGUUCAUCCUGGAACGUUCCUUCAACCAUUACUUAAAGCAUACGUGCAUCAAGUUCGUGCCUCGCACCAACGAAAAGGACUAUAUUCGGAUAUUCCCAGGUCAAGGCUGCUACUCGUACGUGGGGAGAGUGGGAGGCCAGCAGCCCGUGUCCUUGGGUGAGGGAUGCGGUUGGGAAGGCACCAUCAUCCACGAGCUGGGGCAUGCCCUCGGAUUCUACCACGAGCAGAACAGAUCAGAUAGAGACGAUUAUUUGAAAAUAUAUUGGGAGAACAUCUUGGAAGGUAAGGAAGACCAGUUCAUGAAGCUGAAGCCCAACCAGAACCAGCUGCUGACCCCUUUCGACUACGAGUCCAUCAUGUUGUACGGCUCCACGAGUUUCUCCAAGGACCGCAAAAAGCUGAGAACAAUGGAAGGCAAGAACGGAGAAUAUCUCAGAGAUGUUCUUUCCAAGGGAAAACUCAGCACCAGCGACAUACAAAGGAUCAAGAAGCUCUAUAAGUGCUAGAAGCAUAAAUAAAAAUUAAAAAAAA